AUGUUAACUCACAAUCUUUUGUCUUCAUCCUCCUCGACCAUCAUGAAAGGCUUUCUUACUCCGAUUCCCACCCCACAUGCUCUUUCUACCGGCCUGAACACUCCAAAUGCACCGGGGUCCAGUCAUUACUUCGCCUUAUCGCACAGGCAGAACGAUACCCAGAAUUCUUUAUACCCCCAGAUUCUAGACUCGCAGGAUCUACUUGACGCAAAGCUCGCCUCAUUAGAGAGUCCGUGUUCAGGAUCACCGAUAGACGCAAUGCCGAACGAGAUACUGUCGCUUAUCCUCGAGAAAGGAUACUUCAAUUCAGCAAAGGGACUGCCGGACAGCUCCUUCCGUACCUUGGCCUCUCAUAUCUCCCACCGAUUUCGCGACCUCACCUUCCAUACCCCCUCUCUUUGGAGCGUCAUACAUUUAUCCCCCAGCAACAUCUUCGAGGAGGUAGAAAUUCUCCCUGUACACCUCGAACGAUCGAAGGACCAUCUCCUCGACAUCCAAUUGAGCUGCUUUUGGGCAGCCGACCUGACAGAGUCGGUCAUGGAUCUCCUCGUUCCACAUAGUCAGCGUUGGAGACAACUAGCGAUCACGACCAUGAACGACUACAUCUUCUCCUUCAUCGAGAAUAUUCCAGCACACCGCCUGCAGUAUCUCACUAUAUCCCACUACGCCAACUCGCGGCAUGUCGCCCUCCCAUCAUCAAUCUUCAACAACGACCUUCCUGGACUGGAGUACCUCUGCCUCCGGAACGUCGAUAUCGACAACAUCAAAUUCUCUCUGCGGAAUCUCCACACGCUGGAAAUCAGAGGAUACGGCAUAUGGCCGAGUUUCGAGAAACUGGACGACAUGUUGAGUGGAUCAAUCACCCUCCGGCACUUUAUCCUGCAUGUCAAACCAGCGGACAUUCUCCAGCAAAUGCAAGGUGGCCAGCCGGCAUCGCCCCUCCUUCUUCCCGAGCUAGAUACGAUGGAAGUUUACACCUCCGAAUGGCUUACUGAGGACCAAGCUGCACUUAUCCGCCUUUUCGCUUGCCCAAAGCUGCAGUCGCUCGUCAUUCGUGAGAGCGUCUCCUCUCCGACAGAGACGGCGCAUACGAUCAUGAGCUACAACGCUCUCGGCUCCGACUCCAACAACUCCAAUGGCUUACCCCCUAGUCCGAGCCCAUCACUCUCUGUGCGAGCGGCCAACUUCGCCUUCGCCUGUCUCGCCGUGCCAGCACCCUCUAAUAUAACAACUUUGGAGCUCUGGAAGGUCGUCUGGCCGAAGCUACCCCAGCUGAGGCAUGCGUUCGGCGCGCUCAACGGCCUCACUCGUCUUGUCAUCUCCGAGCUCAACGCAAGGGGUGCCCUCCUUUCCAUCAUGGACGCUGAGCUGCUGGAGGAGAUAGAGGCCCGAGUGGGUGAAGUACAGUGGAGCGUGACGCUCCCAAGUUUACAGAGUCUCGUUCUGGCCAUUGACCGUCCUUACUUCUACAACAAGCCCUGGGAGAAGGAAUGCCUAGGCCCUUUCCUACGCCUCUUCUCUUUCCCUACUAUUGCCUCGCUGCACAUCCAAGGUCUUACAUUACCCCAGUGGCGGUUGGUCGUGCAGACCUUCGGCGGGGCCCGCGCAGAGGAGUAUCCGAAGUUGACGACGCUGGCGUUGUCCGACAUGACAGACAUCGUGCCUACUGACCCUCAAGAUGGAGCCUAUGUUAACCUUGCCGGCGCAUUUCCUCACCUCCAGCAUCUGAGACUGACCCGCGUAGGCUCCAACGGAUUCGUAUGGCACCUCCUUCCGAAGCACUCUUCCCAUAAGGACCAAUGGCCAGACCUCAGGACGCUCUCCAUCAGCGGCGAUACCAAUGCGAGCAGACCUCUGCUGCAUCGCGUCAUAGGCGCUCGGCAGGCGUUGGGCUGCCCACUAGAGAAGUUGUUCCUUGAUACACACUUCUUCAGUAAUGGAGACUCAAUGUACUGGAUUCGAGACCGAGUGGAAGUUUCACGCAUCCAGGUUGAAGAUACGACUUCGGAAGCUUCCCGCGCCCCAGCGUUCCCCCAGACUCUCAUCCACCAAUCGCCUUUCCUUGUCCCUUUCAGCAGUUUCCUCUGUCACUCAGCGACCUUCGUUUACAAGAGAAUGUCGACGUCGGAUUCAGAUCUCCGCUUUGAUCCUGGCGCUCCUGCUAGGAAGAAGCGGAUGUCGUUCUGCAGGUGCCUCCUCUGGACGGUCUUCCUCACGCUGGCAUUUGGCGUCGGCUGGAUGUUUUGGAAAUUUGUUCUAGCGUUCCUGGAUACAGGCCGAGCGCCACACUGGCAAUACUAUUACAAAGGAGACGAGAAAAGCGCGAACAUGGGCGACGUUGUGAGGCCCUUAAUUGACGGGAACCAAUCCUUCGACAUCAUGGCCACAGUCUGGUUACGCUCGGACGAUAGCACUAGUGAACCAAACUCGAAGGACUCGUCACUCAUAGAAAAUCUCGUCUUCUCGGACAUUAUCUUCCGGGGUCUUCGGCACAGGGACAGAAACGUUCGCACAUCGGUUCAAUAUCAAGUUCCUACCAAAAUCUUUGAGCAAACAAAUCUAAGCAAUUACGAUCUCCGAGCCUCUUUCAUCCUGCUUCCAACAACGUCAUCGUUGCUGGAUCAUGCGCUAAAUUAUUCGACGUGGGUUCCGACAAUUUUUACAGUUCCACCAGUACGAAAAUAUGAACCACCUACAUCUCGUUCUCUGAAGGAUGAGAUCAUCGACUCGUUUGCUUUGACUGUUCCCCUUCUCGAUUUCCAUCAUGUCAACUCCGCGUGCUCCAGUUCCUUGCUUAUCGGCGACGAUGCUGGUAGCGGAGGUACAAUUGCCGCUUCGAGUCAUUCCAAUGACGCUGAAGAGGAUGAUGACGACGCUGAACCGAUGCCUCAGACAAAAGCUCAAGAAGAGACGCGAAAGAAUGAUCCAGCUGGCGUGUUCAGGACUACCAAGCACCGACCUAUUCUCGAGAGUCAUCCCUAUGUCAUAACCAAAACAUCUCUCCGCAUGAUAGAUAUGACAAAAUUAUAUGACCGAAGAGCGUACAAUGCUUUUCACCAAACGCUUAAGCUGACUGCGUGCGCUAUCAACCCGAAUGCCACAUCAUCGUCUAAAUUGAGCUGGGAAUCAUGCGCUCGAACGUUCUCAACCCAUGGAAACAUGGAGACUCGUAUCAAAUUGAAGGUUCCGAAGGAGCCCAGUGGCAACGCGGUACAAUGGGCGUACGCGCCGUAUAUGUCAAUCUCCCCUGCUUGGGGUCCGAAGUAUCUCGUUCCGGCCCCGGUAAACCGCGAAAACUGCAGCAGAAAAGCGGUCUCGGAUGGUGCGAUUGGGGCAUCCAACAACACUACUUUUCGAGACUCCUUGGAUAUCACUUGGAGGAUUUCCUUCUCCGGUGAAUCUUCUGGAAGGGCAAUGAUAACCGAUGCUUUGGCCCAGGGAUUUGCGGGCGCAAAUAUCAAUAUGACGGCUUCGGAGCUUGAGUUGAACAACACUCAAUUUUGGAUCGAACAUGUCCAGGGACUGGCCGGCCAUAAAUCCGAAGCAGACGCUCAUCCGAGGCGUUUCUUCGUCAUGGAUGUUGUUCUUAUGGCGACCAUCGGCUUGAUCACCUCUAUGCUCGAGGCCCGCUACUGGUAUUCCCUCACCUCGACUGUCGGCAUAUCUUGGCCGGGCACCACCCUCCAAAUGGUUUCAUACAUCUUGACCCCGUUCUACUUCGCAGUUCUGGAGCCUGACAUGGGUUCUUUCACUCUCCUGUGGACUUUUUCUACCGAACUAAUAAUCCCUUUCUUCAUGACGAAAUCACUCUUACGCCUCGAGUUCGGCUGGUGGAGGGGUGGAUAUCUCCCUACCUUAACGUUUAUGGCUCCGACGCAUGGCGAAAAGAUGAAUCAACGCAUGAACAGCCGAGAGCACUGGAACUUUGCGCUUGCGGCUUUCUUGGCUACUUGCGGCGUAUACCAUUUCUUCCAACCGAACAGGCGUGCAAUUCUACGCGCCAGCAGCAAUCGGUUUGUGGCUGAACGACCCUAUAGCUAUGCCGGCGCGAUUCUGUCCUCAACCACAAACGCGGCAUGGCUUAUUGGGAUUGGGACGCAGCUAUGGUUCAACCGCCGCAUGCAGGUCUUCGCAGGCCAAUACAAAGCGGUGGCAGUACUAAACUUCAUCGCCUCCCAGCUGACACUCCUCCUUGCCAGUCCUCGGGUGGGCGCUGGAGAUUUUGGGCACAAUGGGUUCACAGGGCAUGAUUUCCUGCAUUGGGUCAUCUCCGGGGUUUCGUUAUAUCAGGCCAUCAAGUACCCGACGGUUCAAAAAGAGGAUUAA